GAAGUGGAAGCAGUAACUGAGGUCAGGGGGCGGAGCUGCCGCUUAGAGACGGCGCGGGAGCUUCUUCGCCAUGGCUGCGGGGCCGAUUUCCGAACGGAACCAGGAUGCCACUGUGUACGUGGGGGGCCUGGAUGAGAAGGUCAGCGAGCCACUCCUAUGGGAACUCUUUCUCCAGGCAGGGCCUGUGGUCAACACCCACAUGCCUAAGGAUAGAGUCACUGGCCAGCAUCAAGGUUAUGGCUUUGUUGAAUUCUUGAGUGAGGAAGAUGCUGACUAUGCCAUUAAGAUCAUGAACAUGAUCAAACUCUAUGGAAAGCCCAUCAGGGUGAACAAGGCAUCAGCUCAUAACAAAAACUUGGAUGUCGGGGCCAACAUUUUCAUUGGGAACCUGGACCCAGAGAUUGAUGAGAAGCUGCUUUAUGAUACUUUCAGCGCCUUUGGGGUCAUCUUACAAACCCCUAAAAUUAUGCGGGACCCUGACACAGGCAACUCCAAAGGUUAUGCUUUCAUUAAUUUUGCUUCAUUUGAUGCUUCAGAUGCAGCAAUUGAGGCCAUGAAUGGGCAGUAUCUCUGUAACCGCCCUAUCACAGUGUCUUAUGCAUUCAAGAAGGACUCUAAGGGUGAGCGCCAUGGCUCAGCAGCAGAACGACUUCUGGCAGCUCAGAAUCCACUUUCGCAGGCCGACCGUCCUCAUCAGCUGUUUGCAGAUGCGCCCCCUCCGCCUUCUGCCCCCAAUCCUGUAGUGUCUUCAUUGGGAUCUGGGCUUCCUCCACCAGGAAUGCCACCUCCUGGCUCCUUCCCACCUCCAGUACCACCUCCUGGAGCCCUCCCACCUGGAAUACCCCCAGCCAUGCCCCCACCACCCAUGCCUCCUGGGGCUGGAGGACAUGGCCCCCCUGCAGCAGGAACUCCAGGGGCUGGACAUCCUGGUCAUGGACAUUCACAUCCACACCCAUUCCCACCAGGUGGGAUGCCCCAUCCAGGGAUGUCUCAGAUGCAGCUGGCCCACCAUGGCCCUCAUGGCUUAGGACACCCCCAUGCUGGGCCUCCAGGCUCUGGGGGGCAGCCUCCACCCCGCCCACCACCUGGAAUGCCUCAUCCUGGACCUCCCCCAAUGGGCAUGCCCCCCCGAGGGCCUCCGUUCGGAUCUCCCAUGGGUCACCCAGGUCCUAUGCCUCCACAUGGUAUGCGUGGGCCCCCUCCGCUGAUGCCUCCUCAUGGUUACACUGGCCCUCCUCGACCCCCACCCUAUGGCUACCAGCGGGGGCCCCUCCCUCCACCCAGACCCACUCCUCGACCGCCAGUUCCCCCUCGUGGCCCACUUCGGGGUCCUCUCCCUCAGUAAAUUCUCCUUCUUCCUCUUUUUAUAUCUGCCCUAUGUCCUCUCCGUUUCGUGGACCAGUCAGAGUUGCUAUAGCUUGUUGGGGCUAAUGUACUAAUCAGUUAGCUUCUCCCCCUGCCCCCUUUUAAUGUAAAAUUUUUAAGUUGGUUCUAAGUGUUUUGCAGAGAUGCUUAGAGGAAAUAAAACUAUACUCCUUGUUUAUUC